AUGUUUGAAGCAAUCAUGAAAGGAUUGAAUUCUGACCUGCACACACAGAAGGAUCAUCCCCAUCAUGAAGGAGCAUUCCGAACCAAUGCAGUGUUAGAUAUUUAUGUUACCGUGGAAUGUUCAUUGAAGGAAUUAUAUACGGGAUGUAUCAAGAGAAAAACAUUUAUUCGGAAAACGUUUGUAAAUCAUCAGAGUUUGGGAAUGGUUGUUGAGAAGUGGGUAGAGAUUCCGAGAGGAACAAAACAUCAUGCUCGGAUAGUUUUUAAAGGAGAAGGAGAGUUUGAUGAUCGAUGGUCUGAAAGUGGAGAUUUGAUUUUUGUGGUAGAGCAAAAGGUGAGCCCGAAUGAUGUGUUGGAGAGAGUUGGAUUUGAUCAGGAACAUUUGAAAAUGGUUCAUAGAAUUAGUUUAAAGGAUAGUCUUACGUUGGAAGAGGUGAAUAUUGUUGUGGAUAUAUUCGGCUUAAAGAAGUUAAAUGUCAAAGUGGAUAAUAGAAAUAAUGUUAUUUCACCACAGUAUUAUCAUGUCAUUCACAAUGAAGGAAUGCCCAUGGAAGAUGGAACUUUUGGAGAUUUAGUAAUUUCUUUUAAAAUUGAAUUUCCUAAACUAUCAUCUGAGCAAUGGCAACAAGUGAUAUCAAUUUUGUCAAAUGAUGAUAGUGUAGAAAAUUCAGAACAUCCUGCUGGCAAGAGCAUGAACAGCAAUUUAUUCUCACACAACUCAAAGAAAUCAUGGAGUCAAUAUUUAUUCAGCAAGAAUUUAUCCAGAGCUCAACAAUAUUUUUCAUUCAAACAUGACAGAAAGAGUAGCGAUGAAAAAUAA